CGGUUCCAUUAUUUUUUCGCUAAAACUACAAAACAAGCCGUAAUGGGGAAAAGUAGUAAAGAUAAAAGGGACUUGUACUACCGAAAGGCCAAGGAAGAAGGCUGGAGAGCCAGAUCUGCCUUUAAGUUGUUGCAGUUGAACGAUCAGUUCCAGCUUUUUGACGGUGUUCGGCGUGUGGUUGAUUUAUGUGCCGCUCCAGGUUCUUGGUCCCAGGUAUUGUCCCGUGAGUUGUAUGAAAAGCAACAAGAUACCGCUACCCCCGCAAAGAUUGUUGCAGUUGAUUUGCAGCCAAUGAGUCCUAUCAACGGUGUCACCACCUUGCAAGCCGACAUUACCCACCCAAAAACCUUGCAGCGUAUUUUGGACGAAUUUGGCGGUGAGCCGGCCGAUUUUGUGUGUUCAGAUGGUGCUCCCGAUGUCACGGGGUUACACGACUUGGAUGAGUAUAUUCAGGCCCAGUUGAUCUUGUGUGCUUUGCAGUUAACUACGUGUAUGUUGAGAGCCGGUGGUACCUUUGUCGCCAAAAUCUUCCGUGGAAGAGACAUUGACUUGUUGUAUUCGCAGUUGCGUUUCUUGUUCGAUAGAGUUAUUUGUGCCAAGCCAAGGUCCUCCCGUGGUACGUCGUUGGAGGCGUUCAUUGUCUGCAUUGGCUACAAGCCAAGACCUGGCUGGCAACCAACCUUGGAGCUCAGUAAAUCCACCGAAGAGUUCUUCGAAGGUUCCGGAAUCGGUCGCGCCACCACAUUGGAGCAUUUGGAGUUACCAGAAGAAGAGAGAUGUGUCGCCAAAUUUGUUGCCUGUGGUGACUUGUCCAGUUACGAUUCCGAUGCUACCUACACGUUGGACGAAAACUACCAGCGUAUCAGUUUGGACCCAGUUCAGUCCCCAACUGCCCCACCAUAUAAAAAGGCUUUGGAGUUGAAGAGAAGGGGUGAAAUGGUCAGGAAAUAGAUCACUUUGCAUUCUCCUUUAUUUACGCUCCCCU